UAACUAAUCAAGUUUUAAAUCAUAGAACAAAUAUUUACAAGUGAUUGUAUUUCAUAUAACAUAUAAACAACCAUAGACAUAUAAACAGCGUAUAUUGGACGUGUGCCUACGUUAUUAAUCAGCUAAUAUUCAUUUGUAGAAGGAUAGUAGUAUAUUUAGUGCGUCAUCAAUUGCUCUAUCGCAGCGCGUGUUACCAUUCGUAAAGUAUCGAAUAGAACGGCAGUAUCGCUGUACAGAGUUCGGCAAAUUAUCUCAGGAAGUCAGCUGUCUGCUUUGGAGAAGGAACUGAAUCUCACUUCCUGAUCAUCAAAAGCUUCGUGUAACCACACAAAUUACCACAAUGAGUGCACGCAGGCGACAAGCUAGAUCUGCAGAAACCGAUAGAAAGAACCGAUCACGCAAUUUAACAAAGUCACCAUGGGAAACCAUUCUCAAGUACGACCGGCGGUGUACAAAAGCAUUCGGCCUUUGUGCGACACAGAACUCGGCCUUAGGUCAACUUCGGCCCUUGAUGAAAGUUUUAGAGAUCAGCUGUCACGGCGUGCCUUGGUUGAUUGGGACAGUAAUUUGGUUUGUCUGUGUCCACAAACCAGAAGAUGUUGAACUUUCAGUUAACCUCUUUCUAGCACUCAUCUUUGACCUGGUGAUUGUGGCAGUGUUGAAGAUGCUUGUUCAACGUCCACGUCCCGCCAACAAUCAGAUGGACAUGUUUGCUACGGUUUCCAUCGACCACUACUCCUUCCCCUCUGGUCACACGACUAGAGCGGCCAUGCUUGCGUGUUUCUACAUUGAACGUGUGCUGAUCAACCAACUCCCAAUGACCCUGAUUCUGACCUGGUCCGCAUGUGUGAGUCUAUCGCGUGUGAUGCUAGGACGUCAUCAUGUCCUAGAUGUUCUCAGUGGAUGCCUGAUCGGUGUUCUGGAGUAUUUGGCAUACUCCCAAUUCUGGAUUCCACAGGAUAAGUGCUUGCUGUGGCUGGAGCCUUAUUUUGGUCAUGUUCAUUUGUGAAUAGGACAUACGGAUGUUUACAUUGUACUGCAUGUACAACAUACAACAUGUCCAUAAUACAACAUCUGUGUGAUGAUUAUCUCAGCUUCACACAUACAGAUGUUUACAUUGUACUGCGUGUACAACAUACAAUAUGUCCAUAAUACAACAUCUGUGUGAUGAUUAUCUCAAGGUGCAUACCAGUACUUUUCUGCAUGGCUGGUAAAUAUAUCAUAAAAUGGCUCUUUUAUACAUGUUUAUACAAACAGGGUGUUAUAUUGAAGAUUGGUUUGAAAAGAUUGUUGGUGGUUGUGAUCAUUGAAUCAAUCUCAGUUUGAACAAUAGCAUCUUCCCGAGGCAAGCAAGUCCACUAGCCUAUAUCAAAGCCUAGUUUCUACCCUUGCCACAUCAAGGCCACUUUUCUUGGCUCGACCCUGGCGCCACCUAGUAUAAGAUGACGAGUUAUGCUACUUGUAAUGAAAACGCAAUAUCCAAUCAGAUCGCUGUUCUUAUCUGACAAGCUUCAAAAAGAUGGCACUACCAUAGGCGACAACCUAGUCAAUCAGAUAACAAAAACAUUCACGAUUUCAUCCUGACACAAAAAAUAGGCAAUCGUUGGGGGGUUUAAAGGAUGAAAAAGACAUAGCCGUGCCAACGAAGACAGGCAACAGUAAAUCACCUUCAUCAUGUUCAUACAAAGGUGUUCAGUCAGGAAUGUUGAUUUUAUGAAACGUUCUCUGAUUGGGCUAUUCAUGUCGGCAAUAGUCCAAUCAUAUUGAGCACAGGAAAGUGGGCUUGAUGUGGCAAGUGUGGAAACAAGACUUUGAUAAAAAGGCUGGUGGAUGCACUUGCCUCGGGAAGAUGGUACAAAAGUGACACGUAUGACCCAUAUUUUAAGCUUUUAUGUAUAACAUACCAAGUAGGAAAUAAUCAAAUCAGAGGGCAUUUCACAGAAUUCUGAUUCUUCUGAGGACCUUUGUUUGAAAUGUUGAUGAAUUUGGUUUUAUGAAUGUGAGAGUUCUGGUUCAGGAUUCAUUAUACCGGUAAUGUAAACAGACAACGCAGUGGUCUAUAUUUAUGCAGACAAACAAGUGAGAAAUGAUGAACAUAUGAAAAUGUGUAAUGGACAGAAUUUUAAGUAACAUUUUAUAUUUCUUGAAAGAUAUUCUUCUUGUUGACACUCUUAGAUCCCAAAGGGCACAGCUAAACACUGAGUGCCUCUUGGCAGAUUUGGGAAAAACAACACCUACAUUAAUCUUUUCUCUUCUAUUCACAUGUCAUGCUUUGAUACAUGGGACGCAGCAUGCUUGUUUUGAUGGCAACAGACGCCAGUAUACAGCGUUGGUGAUUACUCCCUAUAAGGAUAACAUAAAUCAAAACCCUUAAAAAGGGUAUAUUUCUUCUAGUCCUUAGGAUACCUUAUCUAUUGGCAAGUACUACAGGACUAGUGCCAAUUUCUAACACUGCUGUAUAUGAAGUGCAUGGUUGUUGUUUUUUGUUUAACGCCGCACUCAGCAAUAUUCCAGCUAUAUGACGGCGGUUGAAGUGCAUGUCAAUAUUGGUGUGUAUCCAUUCAUGGUAUACGACACCAGUGUGUGAAGUGCAUGUCAAUAUUGGUGUGUAUCCAUUCAUGGAAAACGACACCAGUGUGUGAAGUGCAUGUCAAUAUGAGUGUGUAUCCAUUCAUCGAAAACGACACCAGUGUGUGAAGUGCAUGUCAAUAUGAGUGUGUAUCCAUUCAUCGAAAACGACACCAGUGUGUGAAGUGCAUGUCAAUAUUGGUGAUUAUCCAUUCAUGGAAAACGACACCAGUGUGUGAAGUGCAUGUCAAUAUUGGUGUGUAUCCAUUCAUGGUAUACGACACCAGUGUGUGAAGUGCAUGUCAAUAUUAGUGUGUAUCCAUUCAUGGAAAACGACACCAGUGUGUGAAGUGCAUGUCAAUAUGAGUGGUUAUCUAUUCAUGGAGACUGUGUGUGACUUGCAUAUGAAUAUGAGUGUGUAUCUAUUCAUGGAGACAGACACAUGUGUGUGACAUGUUUUAUUCAUGGAGAGAGAUACCAGUGUAGGAAGGACUGGGUCUUGUCUUCAGUUCCAUAUUUCCAUUGUUACAGUGAUAAUGCACGAUAAUGCAAUACAGUUACCCAACUUACUGAUAUUGGGUCAGAUGUAGCUUUAGCCUCAGCGUGUUGUAGUUUGUGUGGUGUACAAGGACUGCUGUGUACCAUGUAUGCGUCUGCAUACCAACCUUGGUUCAGUGUGAUGUUUAGAUGCCUGAUUUAUCUUGGACUGGGUUCAAAUCUACCAACACAUUGUCAAGAAUAAAAUGUUUUAUAUUAUUAGAUAAGAGGGUAUAUCUAUGAGAAAUUCAGAGACUACAUAAAGGCACAUGGAGUAAGAGGGUAUAUAUAUGAGAAGUUCAGUGACUACAUGAAGGUACAUGGGAGUAAGAGGGUAUAUCUAUGAGAAAUUUAGUGACUACAUAAAGGCACAUGGGAGUAAGAGGGUAUAUCUAUGAGAAAUUUAGUGACUACAUAAAGGCACAUGGAGUAAGAGGAUAUAUCUAUGAGAAAUUCAGAGACUACAUAAAGGCACAUGGGAGUAAGAGGGUAUAUCUAUGAGAAAUUCAGAGACUACAUAAAGGCACAUGGGAGUAAGAGGGUAUAUCUAUGAGAAAUUCAGUAACUAACUUAUUACUGUUUUGUGCCUAGUAUUUAUUUUCUUGUGUUUAAUAUGCAUCCAAUUUUUUGUGGUUCCUUUUUUUAGGGUUGGGGAAAUAUCAUUUUGAUUCAAGUGAAGUCUUUGUUGAGGCAAGAUGGAGAACAAAUAUGUCUGUGCAACGUUUGAGAUGAAAGGCUGUAAGGCAUGUUUCUUUUUUGUGACAGAAUCUUUUGAUGUGUUUUACAAAUAUCCUAAAUGUGAGAGGCAUAUCGGAAUGUAUAAUGGACGACAGUUGACAGUAUAUCAGGUUUGGGAUCAUCCCUUCGUAGAUGAAGCAUGUUAUGUGUCAUAUCCUUGAGUCGAAUAUAAGGAGGAAUAGUUAAAGUCUUACAAAUGACACUAGGCAAAAAAGAUAUUUACAGUGUGAGGUCAGUUUUAACACAUGGGCAGUACCGCAUCAUUCGAGAUCCAAUGCUGUAACUUUUUUUAGCUAUGACGUCAUUGCUAACUGUGUAAAAUAUAUAUUAACAAAAUAUAAUAUAAUGUAUUUGUGUAACAUAUAUUUACAAAAUAAAAUAUCAAAUCCAAGCCCAAUGCUUAAUUAUAGAGAGGAGGGAUAUCUAGACUUGCCAAAUCACUGACUCAAGUUGGAUAUAUUCUUUAAUUUAUUCUCUAGGGUCUGGGAACGGUGUGUGAAAUAAGAAAAUGCCAGGCUACCAUCAGGACACACAUCCCUAACACAUCCCUGCAGGCCCUUAAUAAACUCUUCAGGCCAGUCAGUUUUUACACAUGGGCCCAGUGCCACGAAGCAGUCACUGCCCUAAGACUGUUGUAAGUCUAUGUUUAAAUGUGGUUGUAAUAGUUGUAGUCCAAAGAUUGAUUUUUAAACAAGGACAGCAAAUAGCUACUGUGUAUUAGUUAUAGAUUAUUUGGUGAGAAUUUUGUACCUAUGUCUUUCAGAAAAAGCAAUAAAUAUGAUGGUCCUUU